GACAGCAAUUUUGUUUCCAUUUUUAUGACGUCACACCAUCAUGCCGGUCGAAAAUUGGGAAGAAGAAGGAUUGGAAAGAAUACCUAACUUAGAGCUUGCUCAGUACAAGUUUUUGCUCUUAACUGACAAGUACAAAAAUGACAAAGAUGUCAAGAACAAACUCAUGGAAGGGAUCAAGGCCGAUAAUAUGUCUCCCUUCUAUGAACAAGUUUGUCAAGAGAUGGGAUGGAAGGUUGAUGCCAAACUGUUGCAGAAUAUGAAGAAAGCAAAUGAAGAUGAACUCAAAAAGCUAGAUGCGGCAAUUGAAGAUGCUGAGAAGAAUUUGGGAGAAACAGAUGUCAGAGAUGCCAUGUUGGCAAAGUCUUUAUAUCUCAGUAAAAUAGGAGAUAAGGAAGCAGCUCUCAGUGAAUUCCGCAAGACAAAUGAGAAGGCCAUAACAGUGGGCAACAGGCUUGAUAUUGUAUUCCAUAUUCUUCGUAUAGGACUCUUCUACCUGGAUAACGAUCUCAUUACUAGAAAUAUAGAAAAAGCACAAAGUCUUAUAGACGAAGGGGGAGACUGGGACAGAAGGAACAGACUUAAGGUCUACAGAGGUGUCUACUGUAUGUCAGUGCGAGACUUCAAGAAUGCCGCCAACUACUUUCUGGAGACUGUGGCAACUUUUACCUCGUAUGAGCUAAUGGACUACAAAUCUUUUGUGGCGUACACAGUUAUAUGUUGUAUGAUAGCACUGGAGAGGCCAAAUCUGAGGGAAAAGGUAAUAAAAGGCUCUGAGAUCCUAGAAGUUCUUCACAGUCUCCCAGAGACCCGACAGUUCUUGUUUUCACUGUACGACUGUCACUAUGCGCAGUUCUUUAAGUCAUUAGCCGCCACUGAGGAGUUCCUAAAGUAUGACCGCCUUCUGUCGCCACACUAUCGCUACUAUGUGCGUGAAAUGCGUAUCCUGGCGUAUGCACAGCUUCUAGAAUCUUAUCAGAGUUUGACACUGGACUAUAUGGCAAGGGCGUUUGGUGUCAGCAUUGCAUUUAUAGACCAAGAGCUUUCCCGUUUCAUAGCUGCUGGGCGCCUGCACUGUAAGAUAGACAAAGUUGGUGGUAUUGUAGAGACUAACAGACCUGACAGCAAGAACUGGCAGUACCAGGCGGCUAUAAAACAGGGAGACUUGUUGUUGAAUAGGAUACAGAAGCUGAGCAGGAUUAUUAACAUAUAAUUACUAGACUCGAGGGUCAAUCAGAUGGAAUUAUUAAGACAUAGACUGUUGGGAAGCGUUGCAUGCCGUUACAUUAGCUUAAUGAAUUGAUAAAUGUCAGUGUAAAAAUAUCAGAUUAAAUCUGUCAAGAUUUCUAUUUGAUGAGGCGGCUGCCAGAUUGAUGGAGGUGGAAGAAAAGGAAUUCUGAGGAAUGUCAGCACUUAUAGAAUGGAAUGGCGUGCAGUCAAUCAACAAGGAAAAACAUUUUAUUUAUUUAUUUUUGGUUUAAGGAAAUAUUUUGCUCUGGUUUGUUCAACUGAAAUUCUGACUUAAAUGCAACGUUCUAUCAAUGUGCAUGAACAUUAUAAAUCGGAUUAUAUUGCUGACCACUUUUUUUGGUAAAAAUAAAAGCGUAUGUAAAAAAGAUGCAUUUAAAUCCAGUUUAUCUUUUUUAUCUUGAAAGAAAAGCAAAAGAAGCUCGAUACUCUUCAUUGAAAAAAU